UUAGACGGAAAAAUUGUAACAACUAAUCAGAUAAAGCUUCUUCAACUCUCUCUUUCUCUUUUAAAUUUCAAUAUGUUUGUGGUUCAUAUUUCACUUCACUACUCUUCACUCUAGUCAAAGUAUUCCCUUAAAAACCAUAUUAUUAUGCCUAAUCUCUUUCCCCUUUCCUCUCAUUUUCCAUUAACACCAUAUCCCAAUUUCCCUAGAAACAAACAUCUUCACCGUAUAACACGUUCGAGUAUUACAUCGCUUGGCCUAUAAUAUGCUGAUGAGCAACAUCGAUCACAACAACAAUCAAACGGCCAGCACCAGCACCACCAACCAUGGAACACAGCAAGACCACGACCGUGAUCACGAUCACGAAGACGACGAAGAACAAUUCCGAGACAUCCACGCGCUGACUCCACCCCACGCGCCGCUUCCUCUGCCACCGGGUAAUCGCGCCGGACGCCGGAGAGACACUGCCUGGGAGACGAGCAGCCACCGAUCGUCGUCGACUUCAUUGGGUAGCGAAAUAGGAGCCCUCAGCGAAAACUUCACGACCAUGAGCAGGGAAUUCAGUGCGCUGGUUCUCGCCGGCUCCACCAUCGACGGGAGCCAAAACGACAACGAUAUGGGUCAAACGACAGGAAACAAUACCGCAGGAAAUAGUACCAAUAAUAACAAUAACAGUAUUAGUAAUUACUUGGCGAGGAUAGGAGAGGACGAGGAGGAGGAUACCAACCCUUUGGCGAUCGUGCCGGAUAAUUAUCACAACCCGGUUACGUCUCCCAGUCGACGGAGGGAGGUGGCGCCGCCGAGCUCCGUCGAAAUAAGCGGAGAUGAUCGGGUUGUUGCGUCGGUGCAGCUAGUGAAGAAGGAGGAGGUUGAGUCGAAGAUAUCGGCGUGGCAGAACGCCAAAGUGGCCAAGAUUAACAACCGGUUUAAGAGGGAAGAUGCUGUUAUUAAUGGUUGGGAGAGUGAACAAGUUCACAAGGCAACUUCUUGGAUGAAAAAAGUUGAGAGGAAGUUGGAGGAGAAAAGAGCAAGAGCCCUAGAAAAGAUGCAAAAUGAUGUGGCCAAAGCACGUAGAAAAGCAGAGGAAAGAAGGGCUUCGGCCGAGGCCAAAAGGGGCACUAAAGUGGCUAGGGUUCUUGAAAUAUCAAACAUGAUGAGAGCUGUUGGAAGAGCUCCAGUCAAACGCUCCUUCUUCUAAUAUCAAUUUGCCCUAUUCUCAUGCCCCAUAUUACGUACUCAUGCCAACCAACCCAAAAAAAAUGAUGUGAAAUACAAUCUUUUGGGGCCAAAAAUACUAGCUAGUAUUAUUACUGCCCCAUAUAGUGUAAGGGUGCUUUCCCUUUUGAAAAAAAGUGCCUUUGAAUAAAAUGGGGCAGGGCAGAACAUACUCUUAAGUAUAUAGAUAUAUUAAGAGCAAGAGUGGCAACAAAUGGAAGAAAUUAUGUUUGAGUACUUUGUGUACUGAAAUUAUUGAGUGUGUUGUUGAAGGAGUAAUUAGUGAUCUCUUUUGUGAGUGUUUGAAAUUUAGAAUUGUACGUGUGCUGGAAUUUUGAAGGACUAUUGCAAUUAGGUUAAUGUUGAUGGGAUUCAUAAUCAAAGCAAUUAAGCUAUUUUUGUCUUGUACAGUGUUAUAUCAAAAUAAAAUGGUAUUAUUCAUUAGAA